AUGAGACUCGUAGCUCCCAAAAAGAAGCAGGAGAAGAUGGCCUUGGGCGACUUCUUGACCAACCAAUCGCUCGGAUCAUGGGCAGAUGAGAUGGACUCGGUGCCAGUGCCGGCCGUGGCCUCCGGCUACGGCGGCGCACGCGACCGCGAUCAAGGCGAGAGACGCGGUUUCAGCCAGCCAGCAUGGGAGACGGCUCGCAACGACCGUGCUCCCAGCGGUAUGGGAGGCGACCGCCCCCGGUUCGAGCGUGAGGCAGUGCCCUUCCCUACCAAGCCCCCGUAUACCGCCCAUCUCGGCAACCUCGACUACAAUGUCACCUCUACAGAUAUCGAAGAAUUCCUGUCCGACUGCCAGGUCACCACCGUGCGCAUUAUGGAGGACAAGGUCGACCGCAAGCCCAAGGGCUUCGGCUAUGUCGAGUUCGGUUCCCCAGAGGGUCUGCGCGCGGCGCUGGACAAGACCGAGACCCCAUUCAUGGGCAGGAACAUCAAGAUCAGCGUUGCUGAUCCACCCAAGAACGAUCGCAUGGACUCAUCGCGUGACUUCUCAGACUGGAGCCGCAAAGGCCCACUUCCAGAUCUCCCGCAAAACACUCGACAGCCUUCAAGAGGCUUCAGCCGAAAUUUCGACAACACAUCCGAUGCCGGUAGCGAGCGUGGGGGACCAGCAGGCGGCCGAAAGCCUGGAUUUUUCGAGAAUGACGGUAAGGUACGUGACUUCUCCAACUGGGAGCGCAAAGGCCCUUUGUCUCCGGUUCCAGGCCAGCCAGGCGGACGAGAGGGCGGCAGAAUGCGAGAGGGCGGUCCACCACGUGGAGAGAGACGACCAAGCCCAUCGUGGGGUGAGGGCAGAUCAGAUGCCGGGUCGAGGCCUCCACGCCGAGAGUUCGAGCCACGUCCACCAGUCGAGCGUGUGCCUACAGCAGCAGACAUGGACAACCAGUGGCGCGCAAGAAUGAAGCCAGACGCUUCGCCAGCCGCAACACCAGACGUAUCGACCCCUACGUCACCAGCUCAAGACGCCCCAAAGGAGCGACCGAGGCUCAACCUUUCCAAGCGGACUGUGUCGACUGCCGAACAGCCAGAGUCGGCGACCACACCCUCGGCAGAUUCCAAGGCAUCGCCGUUUGGUGCUGCUCGCCCCAUCGACACUGCCACCAGAGAGCGUGAAGUCGAAGAGCGACGCGAGUUGGCCAUCAGACAGAAGAAAGAGGCAGAUGAUAAGGCGAGAGAGGAGAAGGCCGCAAAGGAGGCUGCCGCAAGAACAGCACGUGCCGAUCGGGCAGACCGUGGCCAGGCCGAGCAAGAGGGUGAGAAGGUCACGUCGCCUACUGGCGAGCGUCCACCACGUGGUGACCGUCGUCCAUCGCGUCAGCACAACGGCAACAAGGGACAGCCCAAAGAGAAUGGAGAAGGAGCUGCUCAGCAGGCUCGUGCAAGCUUCAGCAUCCUUCAGAGGGAUGCUGAAGAUGGUGAGGAAGGCACGUUGGACACUCCUGAUGCAUCCGCGAACGGCACCAUCAUUGGCGACAAGGAGACCAAGCCAAACGAGCCUGUCGUAUCCGCGGAUGGUGCGCAGACUCCCAAGGACACCGCGGACACUCUGGAAGAAGAUGGCUGGAGCACUGUGCCCGCCAAACCCAAAAACAACCGCCGUGGUGGAGGCAGAGCCAUUGCUUCCUAG